AUGGGCAAAAGAAAGGGCGAAUCGUGCGAAGCAAUUUUUGAUGAUAUGAAAAGGACGUCCAAUGAACUGCACUUGCUUCGAGAGGCUGUGAAAAAAUCUGUCAUAGAAGCGUGUAUCGAAAAUUUCGUUGAUAGGCAGGAAAUACUACACUCCAAAAUUCUUCGUGCUGGAGUUGAAACCUCGACUGAGGAAGUGCAACGAUGGAAAAAGGAAAUCGAGGCUCUCGAUCACAAGAUUAAGCAGUCGUCUGCAGAACUAGCAGAUUUGCAAGAAGGAGAUCUGGUUGAUUAUUCUUGUGUGGACUGGUCGAUGAUCUCAGCUAUUGAUUUCAAUGGAACUCGAUCUGCUGCAGCGCUGGAGUGCAAAUGGUUGAACGAACGGAGUCAAUGGAAUAACGGGCCGUGGACGGAACAGGAGAUGGAGCGGCUUAAGCAACUUCGUGAAAACGAGACCCUUACAUCGUGGACUGAAACAAACGAUUGGACGGAUGAGGAAGAUGAGCGGCUGGUUCUUGGAGGGAAUGUGCUGGGAAGAGGAGGGUGGGAAGAAUUCGCGGAGAUUUUGCCAAGACAAAAGCCGGAAGGCGUUCGAAUGCCAUACCGACGUUUAUUGUCAAUAAUUUUAAAACUUCGUUCUGAGAAGCGUUCUCGUUUUAUUUGUAAAAUAUCUUCGGCUGCCGUAGCCGCAUAUAAAACUAGACGUGACGUGAUGCUCCAAAAACUUACUUUUGGUGGGAUCCAGAGAAGACGCUACCGAGAUGCAAAACAGCGAACUGAAAAAAAGAAGAACGCUACAAGAUCUAAUACGCUUUCCCAUCAGCGUGUGGGAGCAGCCAACAGUUUCAAACACUUCGUACCCCCUCCACCAAGAACAACAUUGCCGCUCACAUUCACCACCACGUCCGCUUAUCGUAUCUUCGAGAGGGCUCGCCCAUCGUUGACGGAGCGUGCUUUAUGUUAUUUUCCUCCUCGUAGUGAAAAUCAAAUAGACACUGAUGCUUUUGGGAUGCCGAAUGGCAACACGCGUAAAUUUACGGCGUACGAUCGACUGAAUAUCGAACUACACCCUAGCAUUUUAGGAGACCAUAACUAUCUCAAACUGAAGGCCCAAGUGCGUUGUCUUCUUCUUGAACCCAUGCGUCUGGCAUUUGCAAUAGAUCCACCUGAUGCUCGAAAGGAUCUCAUGCGGAUGGUAAUAGAUGAAGAGGAGUUACUUUAUGAGGAAGAAGAGUUAGGUGAUGUGGGAAAUGAAAUGGAAAUUACUUCUACCGAACAAUGCAGACCUAUCGAUUGUGAGGAGUCGGCCGACGAUGCCCUCACCAAAACAAUAGAAACGCCACAUCAAAAGAAAACCUUAAUGUAUAUGAAGGAGAAAUUUUACCUUCUAGUUCAACGAAGAGAAUCCGGUUGGCAUUACCUGAUGGGAGUUCUCCUCUUGACAACAGUUUGA